UAUUCAAUUAUUUAUCAGUUUUUUCGUAAGAAAUUGCUCUCUAAAGUACUGAAAUAGCAUUCCUUGGAUAACUCCCAAUCCUGUAACUCAGUUUAAGUACCGUGUAUAAGGGUUAUGCCCAAGCAAAGUUCCCGGGUUUGCAGUGAAAAUAUGCGCACCGACACAGCCGCCUCAAUCAGUAGCAGCGGUUCGAACACCACCGGAUCGACGGCAACGAUGGACCAGCAACAGUCGGACACUGGCGGGCUGAUCGACAUCGACGGCUAUCGGCGGUUGAUGAAGAGCUUCAUGGAUAUGCGACGCUACCAGACGGCUCUGUUCUGGGCGGAAAAAGUGACCGUUCUGAGUAAUUACGACCCGCGGGACGUAUACUGGCAGGCUCAGUGUAUGUUCAUGCUGCGGGAGUACCACCGGGCGGCGUACAUCAUCCGGAGUCGUGGGCUGGACAAACGGAAUCUGCUGUGCCACUAUCUGGCCGCGGAAUGCCUCACGGAGGCCAAGGAAUACCAGGAAGCGCUGGACAUUCUGAACACGACAGAUUGCGAAGUGCUGGCGAACAAUUUGGGAACCGGUAGGAAGGAUGAGUCCACCGUUGGGGAAGAUCCGGUGUUCGACGAGCCUAACAAAAGCGACGUGCUGGCGUCGAUAUACUUCCUCAAAGGGAAGAUCCUGGAAGCGAUGGAUAAUCGGAUUCUGGCGAUGGAUUGCUACGUUCAGGCCUUGCAUCGGUCGGUGUACUGUUCGGAAGCGCUGGACGCCUUGGUCCAGCAUGAGAUGUUGAUGGCCUGGGAAGAGAAGGAACUGAUGCAGCACAUUCCGAUGGAUCAGCAGUGCUCCGAAGCAGAAAGGAAGAUCCUCAAAAGACUCUACGAGAGUAAACUGAAAAAGUACUACGAAUCGAUUGCCCCCAGAACGAACAUCGAGCAGACCCCAAUUGGAACGAUGAGUACGGAUUUGCUGCACGAGCUCACGGAGAAGAUGAAAAACAGCAAAAACAUCGAAGGUAACAAGACGGCCCCCACCAGCGUUCCGUCGUCCCUUCCGAAUCGCUUCACGACGCCAGUCCCCAACAAGAUCAUGUCCCCAGCCAAUAAGAUCUUGGACGACAUCAAAAACUCCCCGUCCUACCUGAUUCAGUCGUCGCUUUCGAGGGCAUCGUCUAUCCUUGGGUCCGGUGGAGGAGGAGGUGGCGGUGGAACCGGCAGUGGGAGUGGGACGGCCACCCGCCAAGAAACGCCGUACCGGAUAAAUCGGCCAAUCAGUAUGAAGAGCCCGUCGGCGAUCAACCUGCAGAGCUGCGUCGAUCGGCUGGACAAUUGUGUGGAUUUGGUCGUUUCGAAGGCGGAAAAGUACUUCUACAAUUGCGACUACAAAAAGUGCAUGCAGGUCAUCGAUGAGAUCCUCAAACGCGACCCAUACCACAAGCGCAGCCUCACCGUCCAGAUCGGCUGCCUGAUGGAGCUGAAGGACUUCAACAAACUGUUCUACGUGGCCCACAAGCUGGUCGAUUUCUACCCGGACGAUUCGAUCUCGUGGUACGCCGUCGGAUGCUACUACGACCUGAUCGGGAAGAGCGACCCCGCGCGGAGAUAUCUAUCCAAGGCCACCACCUUGGAUCGGCUGUACGGGCCGGCUUGGUUGGCCUAUGGGCACUCGUUUGCCAAGGAGAACGAACACGACCAGGCCAUGGCGGCGUACUUCAAGGCCACCCAGCUGAUGCGAGGCUGUCACCUUCCUCUGCUGUACAUCGGCGUCGAAUGCGGCCUUACCAAGAACCUGGAAAUGGCGGAGAAGUUCUUCUACCAGGCCAUGGCCAUUGCGCCGUUGGAUGUCUACGUCCUGCACGAGUUGGGCGUGUUGAAGUUCGAGUACGAGCUGUACGAAAGCGCCGAGGAGGUAUUCCGGACCACUUUGGACAUGGUGCAGAAUAUGGCCCGGUCUAAUCGGGAACCGAUCUCGAUCCGGUGGGAACCGCUGUUGAACAAUUUGGGCCACUGCUGCCGGAAGAAUAAAAAGUACGAGGAAGCGCUGGAAUUUCACCGGAGAGCACUGUUCCUGAAACCGUUGAGUGCCUCGACCUACUCGGCCAUCGGAUUCGUCCAGGCGCUGAUGGGCAGCUUGGACGAGGCGGUGGAGUCGUUUCACAAGAGUCUCUCGCUGCGGAGGGACGACGUGUUCACGACGACGAUCUUGAAGAGUGUCAUCGAGGAUCUGGGCAAAGAGGCUUUGCUGUCGUUCUUCGAUGAGGAGGAAGACGGCGAGGUGGAUAAGGAGGACGAAGAAGGGGAUGGUAUGAGGGGAGACGAUGAAAUGGAAGAGGAUGGAGGUAAGUCUCUGAUUGCGGACGGAGGUAAUGAUAAUAGUACCGGAGCGGACGCGGUUCCCGUGCGGUUAAAGUUGAAGUUCGACGAGUACGAUUCGACACCGGCAAGUGACACCAGCGUGGAUGAUAUGAGUAUGGAUCUGUAGAAGAGGCUGGCGGGUGAACUGCGUGAAAAGUGAGUAUGCAUUGUGUGAGAUUCCUCUGCUGUGUAUUUGUUUUAGUUAAUUUCAAUACAAAUUAGUAAUGAAGA